AUGGCUCGGGACGGCGCCAAUAGCCUCAAGGCAGUCAAGAAAGUUUCACUGGUGGCUGCAAUAGUUGCUGCAGCAAUACUGAGCGACACAGCGUGUGGCGCCGGACGUACUGUUUGGUCACCACGUCGCCGUAGUCCUUCUCCGCCGCGCUCAGGUCGAAGAGGACCAGCGGUGGAGCUGCCGCCAGUGUGCUCGUUUGGAUGGCCGUGCGACCCGGAGCCGGAGGAGGGCAACAGCACCGUCGUCUUCUCCUGCGACGUGGAGAACAGGAUGGGAGACACCAUCUAUCUCCAGUGCGACGGCGAUUUCUGGGCCUUCGCCGUGGGCAGCGGCGAGACCGUCCGCCACCGGCUGUACGACGACCGCAGCAAGGUAUCCUGCGCGUGGGCGUUCGACGGCAACUACAAGAGCGGCGUCGCGGCGUGGGACCCCAACUGGCCCGAAGCAUCCUCGUGCCGGGUGGACGCCGCCGCCGCCGGCCGCCAGGACUGCCGCCUUCUGUUCGAGAACCGCGAGGCCGUUCUACUGACGGCGACCGGCGGGCGGCACGUGCUCGGCGGCCUGCAGUUGUGCAUUGACAAGCCUACCCCGUGGUACGCACGGGCGCCAUGGGCCGAUUCCUGCGCCGCCUACCCCAACACCACCACCCGCCCGUACGUCGGCACCGUGCAGCCCUCCUGGAUGGCAGCUCUUCUCUCCAUGGACCACUGACCGCCGGCCGGCGCCGGCAAUAAUCUAUCUACCUAUAUAUAUGUACCAAGCAUGCUCUUAUAUAUGCACCAAGCAUGGAAUGAUGAGAGCUGUGCUACAAAAUCUACAUACAUAUAGCCAGCUAUCUCUCUCAACCUCUCGUCAUUCCGAUCCGUGUAAUAAUAAAUAACAAGUGCCUGUACGUAAUCACUACUUAUAAUUUCUACUGUAUCCUAUGUAGAGCAUGCGUCUGAAUGUGCAUGCAGUGUUGUGCUUCGAUCACCACUUGUAUGGCUCCAAUGGAUGGUUUCCUUUCAAUAAAAAUGGAUUA